UCAAUAACCUAAAGCCGACCAACAAUUAAAAUCUCUGUGAUUUGGUUGUCACCCCCAUACCCCUCCUAUUUUACCCCCCCUAUAUAUACAGAAAAAUCAUCAUUAUAUUGUUUCAGCAUCAUCAAUCAAAGGGCAAAAAAAAUAAUCAAGAAGAUAAUAAUGGCUGGUACUACAAAAGCAAAUGAUUUUGAAGAUAUGUUGCCUAUGAUGGCAAAUAAGCUUGGUGGGGAUGGUUUAAUUAGAGAGCUGUGUAAUGGGUUUAGGCUAUUAAUGGAUAAGGAAAGAGGGGUUAUAACUUUUGAGAGUUUGAAGAAGAAUUCAGCACUUCUUGGGUUACAAAAUUUGAGAGAUGAUGAGUUGAUGAGUAUGUUAAGAGAAGGUGAUUUGAAUGGAGAUGGUCAUCUUGAUCAGAUGGAGUUUUGUGUACUUAUGUUUAGAUUGAGUCCUCAAUUGAUGGAAGAAUCUCAGGAUUUGCUUGAAAUUGCUCUGCAACAUGAAUUGAAAAGAUAAUUCAGCUUUUCUAGGUGAAGUUUUUGAUUUUGUAGUCUUUGUAUUAAUGAUUGUAUAACUCAAUUUGAGACUCUGAUAAAAAGGGAAAAUUAUGUAACUUAGUUUUUUCUUGAUUAUUGACUUGUUUCAUGGUGUAAUUUGGAAGCAAAAAAAUUGGAAACAAGAAUUGGGGAUUUGGUUUCUUACCCUAAUAUACAUGCGCUUUGUAAUUUCUA